ACAUAACCUCUUCCCCUAACAAUUAGCAAUUAAUAAUUAACAAAAUGAAUAAAAUACAUUGUUUAUAAAAUUUUGUUAAAUAAAAAACAAGAAUUUAUUUGAGACGUAUAUCCCUAUUUAAAAAAGUAAACAAAAUAUUCUUAAAUUCAAAAUCUGCCAUGUGACUUUUCCUGUAUAUAUAAACAAAAAAGGCAAAAGUCAUGUAAGCAAAUUGAAAUUAAAUUCUUAAUUCAAAAAUAAGCCUUACACUUGCCUAUUUUUACAAUAAUAAUAGAAAAUAUGAAAUUUUUAACUAAAAUUUCUCAUUCAAUCUGUAAAAGAUUAUUGCAUACAGAAUUGAAAAAGAACAAAACUAUUCAAUGGAUACAACCAGAUGGUUUUAAAACAAACAUUACUUUGUACAAUAGUUUAUUAAAAUCAAAAUUUCCAUUGAUAUUGAAGAAUAAAAAUGUCGUGACAUGGUACAUGUGUGGGCCGACUUUAUACGAUUCGGCUCAUAUUGGACACGCUAGUACUUAUGUAAGAUGCGACAUCAUUCGGAGGAUACUGACGAAUUUUCACAAUCUAGAUGUAGUUUUAAUAAUGGGACUGACUGAUAUCGAUGAUAAAAUAAUAAAACGUUCGCAAGAAACAAAUCAGUCGUGGAAAAAUCUAACAAUGUUUUAUGAGGAGGAAUUUUUUCGAGAUAUGAAAUUGUUGAAUGUUGCAAAGCCCUAUAUGAGUUGCAGAGUGACGGAUAAUAUAGAGAAAAUUAUUAAAUUUAUCGAGAAUAUUUUUAAAAACGAUGCUGCUUAUCAAGCUAACGACGGUUCCGUAUAUUUUGAUACAUUAAAAUUUGGAAAUUAUGGAAAAUUUAGACAAUGUCAGGAAGAAAAGCAGGAUUCAAUUAAGAAAUCGUCGUUGGAUUUUGCUUUAUGGAAGGCAGCCAAAGAGAAUGAACCAUUUUGGGAGUCUCCUUGGGGAAAUGGAAGACCGGGUUGGCACAUUGAAUGCAGCGUGAUGGCUAGUGCGAUUUUUGGAAGUCAGAUCGACAUUCACAGCGGUGGGAAAGAUUUGGAAUUUCCCCAUCAUGAGAAUGAGGAAGCUCAAUCUUGCUGUCAUCAUGGAAUAGAACAAUGGAUCAAUUAUUGGAUUCACACGGGUCAUUUACAUUCGCAAGGAGAUGUGAAAAUGUCCAAAAGUUUGAAAAAUACAAUUUCAAUCGAAGAGUUUCUUAAAAAGCACAGCGGAAAUGAAUUUAGAUUACUGUGUUUAAUGACACACUACAGAAAAGAUCUCGAGUUCUCAGAGGAUUCGAUGCAAUUGGCAGUUUCCACACUUAGCAAAAUUGAAAAUUUCAUCAGCGAUUGUCGAAGUUAUGUAGCCGGGGAACUGAACGGAGGAUUCAUUGACGAGUCUUUUCUUCUGACGAGUUUGACGAACACUAGAAACACAAUUGAAAUUGCUCUUGCUGACGAUUUUAAUACACCGGAAGUUGUGCAUUCAAUUGUUGAUCUCGUCAAAAUUGGAAAUAAAAUGCUGCAACAAACAUCGAAAGAUUCUCAAGUGAGAAAUCCAUCGGCUGUCGCGUCAGUUUCCAAUUACAUUACAACUGUACUUACAAAAUUAGGUCUUGAGAGUUACAAAGCAACGGAAGAAAAUCAAUUCGUCUUGACCGAAAUUCUCGAUAAUUUUGUCGCUUUUCGUAAAUCGAUUAGAACUAAAGCUUUGGAGGAUCCGAAAGAUAUAAAUACCUUGAAGAUGUGCGAUGAGGUCAGACAAAAUUUACUCUCCUGUGGAAUUCAAAUUAAGGUAUCUGAGUAAUUUUCCAAUUUUUAGUUCA